AUGGCCAACCACCCCCCCAACCCACUGCGUGAUCUUCGAUAUGGGAUUGGGCAGCAGACGCCUACGUACCUGACGAAUGGAGUGACUGCAGCUACCGGUGUGGAUGGUGGUUUGCGGCAAGAUCUUCCUCCGACUGCGCAGAGUGUAACAGCGGAUCAAGGUGACCGUGAUCAAGUGUCACGUCAGAUUCCUCCGAGCGGUGGAACAGUGAUGUAUGAACCCUCUGGGACGAGGGAAGAAACCGGAUUUGUCCCUUCGUCGGCGAGCGUUUCCGGACUUGGGCGCGAUAGAGAGACGAUGAACGACGUCCUUCUUUUUCCAAGGUUUAUGCCGUCCCCGUUGCCAGGACAAUCACCGAUGUCAGGUCAGUCGUCUACCCCAGCGAGAGCGACAGCAUGGUUGUCGAAGAUUGGGGAUUACCUGCAGAAGACGGUGGAGGUGACCUCUCGGGCCAGUCAAGGAGCUGUGUUUCAAGCUUAUGGUGGACCGGGAGCUGUUCCAGAGGGGACAAGUGUCCCAUUGAUGACCGGGACAAUGACGGCUGGACCUAUGGCAGCUGUGGCCGAGCACCGGCCUCCUUCGUUGAGCGGCUCAGCCGGGAUCUCCCCGGAACUAGUGCAAGCCGAGGUGGCACGCCAGCUGGAAUCGGCGAUGGGAGAACUCCACGAACAGCUUCGUGCGGAAAAGAGGCGGACUGAUGAAGCUAUGCGAGAAGAGCAAGGUCUGCGGCGACAGCUGGAUGUGCAGGAGAUGAGAAUGGCUCUUGAGCAUGGUUGUCCUCAGGAAAUGCAGCCUCCACCGGGUCACAAUCUCCUGGUCCACGAGCUUUCUUCCAAGGCCUCUUUGGUAGGGGUGGCACAGGUCGUUCGGAUCGUCCCGGGGAUGAUGGGCGUCAGUCUCAAGGCGGAUCGUCCCGAAACCGUCAAACCUGGCAUCACUGAUCUUCCUCUGUUACCAGAAUAUGCUCCCACUACCGGCUCGAUUGACUUACUGAAUUGGCUGACGCAUAUUCAGCCGAUAAUGCAGGACCUGUCUGACACGAGCUAUGCCUGGUGGGAGGGAACGCUCCAAGAUGCCCUGAACUGGUACGCCAAGUAUAGCGGCGCUUCCCCACUAGAGAGAUUGCAGUUGAAACCAAUCUCCUCGCAGGCAUUGGGCCGUCCAGAAUGGGCCCGCGUCGAACGACGCGCCACUGCCAUGAUGCUUUCGGCAGUACCCCAAGCAGUACGUGAAGAAGUUAUUGCAAUGGGAAGUGUAACCUCGCUAGCUUUGCUGUGCAAGCUUUAUGCUGUGUAUCAACCAGGGAACUUACAGGAGAAGGCGCUUGUGUUGCAGCGCCUUGAAAGACCAGAUGAGUGCGAUACCGCCUUGCAGGCGGUGGAGGCGUUGAGAAAAUGGACGCUGUGGAGGCGGCGGGCGGCUUCGAUUGGCAUUGCGGAGCCGGACGCCUCGGUGUUGAUCCAAGGCUUGGACCGCAUCACGACAAAGGUUGUGAAGGCCAAUAGCGAGCUCAGCUUCAGAGUGAGUUUGAUCCGGAGUACGCUUCAGGUGGAUGUUUGCCCAAGCUCCCAAUCAGUGACGACGUUUCUUCAGCAUCUCCAGGCUGAAAUGGAGCAGCAAGCGAGGCUUGGAGCAGCCCUUCCCAGUACCGGAGGGCCAGCAGCUUUGAGGGCUUUGGGAACUUCGGAUCAAGCGAUGCAGCCUCCCUCGACUCCAACGUCUCCGAAUGCUCAGACACCUCCGAGGCCAAGCAAUGGGCUUUGCCGUUUCUUUCAAGGGGAAAAAGGAUGCCGGCGAGGCAACAAUUGCAGAUACCCUCACACCUGGAGUUUGUUGGAAAAGGGAGCGAGGUCGAAGAAAUGUUUGGCUUGCGGGUCAACGGCGCACAAAGUGAAGGAGUGUCGAGCUCCGGGUGGCGCGCUGGCCAAGGCGGCAACGAGAUCUACUACCACGGGUGCCGGUGAGACCGGUUCCACUUCGCCUACGGCUUCCUCCCCCGAUGCCCACCAACGGAAAGUUAAUUUUGAGGAUGAUGGUGUGAUCCAGACGAAGGUCCUCAAGAUGUUGUCUGAUGUUCAGGAGAUGCCACUGUUUAAGUCUGUUGCAGAACGAAUCCGAGAAUGGGGUUCCAGCGGUUUUCGGUGGACACCAAGGUCACGCAAGGCACUUUUGGAUUCGGGAUCCACCCAUGUGCUCAGGACCCCACGUACCCAGGAGGAGUGGAAUGAUGCUCGCGGUGUCACGGUGCAGUUGGCGGGUGACUCUACGGCGGAUAUGCGCCAAACGACUUCAGGUUCCCUCCUCACAGGGGACCAACUGGCUCAGGUGAUUGUGCCACUGGGUAAGGUGAUAACGACGCUGGGUUACAAGCUGUCUUGGACUUCGGAGGCUUGUGAGUUGAUUGGUCCUCAAGGUGAUGUUUUACCUCUGGAUGUGAAAAAUGGGUGUCCCGAGGUCAGCGAGAAGGUCGCUAACAAGCUCAUCCAGCAACUUGAGGAGCAGCAGGUUUCCCAGCUUGAUGACACCACUCAGUUGUCGGCCAAAGUCCUCACCCGUUUGAAGGCCAGCUGGUGGAGUGACAUGUGUGAGUAUGUCAAGGGAGGCAGCCGUGAGGCUGCGUUGUCUGCGAUUGACAAGGCUUUCUUCCUGGACUUCAAGGAUGAGUUGAAGGACCAGAUGGUUACUUCAGUUCCUAGGGUUGGCAUUUGGGAACUUAUGAAGCAGCUCCGGGUGAACAGAAGGUGCCGGAAAAGGUUGUUGAGGGCAGAUGCUUGGGUUUUGAGAUGGGACCCACCUGCAGUUGAGCGACAUCGAGAUAGCAUGAAGCACUUGUCCUACAUCGGGGAUAUGAUCUACGUCAACAUGAACGUGUUGUGGAUUGAGAAUGAGUUCACUGAUGUUUGGAAGGUGAUCCAGUGGGCGGUGUUGAAUGGCAAGAUCGGGACCAUUAUUGCACGAGAUGCCCUUCCCACUCACUUGGAUCAGUGCGUCGCCGGACCUCACAGAAGCAAGGUGCAUUUCUUGAACCUUCGUGGUGACAUGGUCAGGCUUCAUGUUGAAGAUUUAGACCGUGCUGUACGUUGGAAGGACCCCUUGCAGCAACAACAGGGUGCAUGUUGGCCCCCGUGGACGUGCUGUAAGGACGCUUUGGAGUAUAUGGACGAGAUGAAUCUCGUCGGGGUUUCAUCGGGCGGCUUUGAUGGAGGUCGCCAGCUGAGGCUGGCCAAGUUGAGCAGCGAUGCAGCUUGGAGGCUACAUGUAGCCCAAAACCACCAGCCCUUCCGGAGAGACUGCUCAGUUUGCGUGAGAAACAGCGCUACAGGGCACCAGCACCGGUCCACGAUGCAUCCUAUGGCCUACUGCUUGAGUGUUGAUGUCGUCGGGCCACUAAAGGGCUAUGGGCGCUCCCCUGACGGCAAGUUCUUCAAGUACUUUGUCAUCGGCGCGCUCAGGAUACCCAAAGUUGAAGGCGCUCAUGGGCAUGCUGAAGUUCGUGGCCAUCCUAUUCCCCCGUUUGAGGAGGAGGCCGAAGAGGAGUUGAUCCUUGAUGAUGAUGAAGGAGACCAUGGCGAUCUGGGUGAAGGUGCGGGGGCAAUUGCGGCCGAGGUGGAGGAUGAAGAAAAGAAGUGGGCGGAUCUAAAGACCACCUUUAAGGAACCUAUCGCAACAACCACCCUCUACUUUGCGGUUCCUGUGAACAACAAGAAGGCAGCCACAAUGCUCCCGGCAGUGCAGCGCAUCGUGACGGACAUCAAGGCCCUCGGCUUCCCCAUCACUCGGCUCCAUUCAGACCGCGGCGGUGAGUUCCGGGGAAACUUGGUGAGAAAGUGGGCGCUGAGCCAAGGUAUGUGGGCUACGACUACAUCGGGUUCGGAUUCAGCGGCCAAUGGUGUUGCGGAGUCGGGUGUGAGGUUUUUGAAAAGGCGAGCCAGGGUGUUACUUGAUGUUGCCGAGGUCGGCAAAGACAACUGGCCUACAGCGGUGCAGUAUGCGGCGGCCCAGCAAAGAAGUGAUCAGCUUGGCACCGUCCCCAUGAUGCCUGUCGCGUACGGGACCAAGGUCUAUGUGAAGACCAAGCCCUACAAGACUGGGGCGGUGGAGGACUUUGGCCCUCAUUGGACACGGGGCCGUUAUGUGGGGCCAUCUACUGACAUCCGUGGAGGACAUGUCAUCCUGAAGGAGACGGGAACCUUCAUUCAGACGACUCAUGUACGAGUGACUCGUGACCCACCCCCAUUGGAUGAAGUUGCAUCCGUGAUUGUGGAGCCCGAACCGAACGAGGACCCGCCGGAGGCUGAACCACCUUUACCACCACCCAGCGACCCACCGCCUAAGAGGAUGAGAUCAAAAGGACCUAUGGUCGCCAAGCUUGAUGGCGGCUUUGAGGACUACGAGUGGAUUCCCGGUGAUUUGUCUGAAGUUCACGCGUAUGUUGAGGAGGAGGAUCCACAGGUGAAGUACCUACGAGCAGAAGAGAUCAAGUACGUGGAGUCCGUCGCAAAACAGCUAUGUGAAGGUGAUCAUUAUGGGGAAUCCCAUGGAGCGCGCCUACUUGGUCUGUUUGCGGGAACCUGCGGUAACUUGCGUGUUCCUCGAGCGCCAGAAGGAGCUGGCCUUGUGAUGGGCGCCUACGUGCAUGGCGGUGCCUUUGGUAUCACUCGUUAUGGUCGUGACCUUCCGUGGACAGCUCGUUACUUCAACAACUACUUGAUGAAGAAGAUCAAGAAGAACUGGCCGGACAUGGAGUUUUCAUGGACUACGUUGGUGGUGCAGUCGGCUCAGGAGGUACCAAAGCACAAAGACAGCCACAACGAGAAGGGCACCUACAACUAUGUUAUUGAGCUCAAGACCGAAACGGCUGAAGGAUUGUGGGUGCAAAACUGUGGCUAUGAACGUCAGGUUGUUGGCGGCUCAGAGGCCAAGGACUAUGAUUUUGAGGAGCUCGAUGGCGAGCUUGUUGAGGGAUGUUUGGUGAACGUCAAAAAGAAGCCUGCGGUGUUUGAUCCGCGCGUUCCACAUGCUUAUGUGAAUGAGCCACGACCCAAGUGGUUCCUUACAGCCUACACUCCUCAGGGCGCCUACAAGUUGAAUAUGGUGGAUCAGACCUAG